AUCAGGCUCAGCAAGUGUGGCCGGGGGGGGGGGGAGUGGAGAAGCGUAAUGCUACAACCUCCUUAUAAAGCCACUCUCACGUCCUGCCGUGGAAAUUCGAGGCUUCCAAUUGAGGUCUCACUCACCCGACGAGUCUUACGCCCACUUUCGGACCGGACACCACCACCGCCGCUGCCAUGACGUGGAGCGACGUUCGGGGCAUGCUGCGCGGGGCCGAGACGCCUCUUUUCUGGGUCGGGGCCUUCGCGGUGGCCUCGGCGCUUCUGUGGCUCCUCUACCGGCUCCUCUCCGGCUUCAGGGUGUGGGUGCUGGGCAACGGGCAGCUGAUCUCCCCCCGGCUGGGCAAGUGGGCAGUUGUCACAGGCGCCACUGAUGGAAUUGGGAAAUCCUAUGCGGAGGAGCUUGCUCGUCGAGGGUUUGCCAUGGUGUUGAUCAGCCGGUCCCAACACAAGCUGGAUGACGUCGCCCGGUCACUUGAAGACCAGUUUGGAGUGGAAACAAAGACCAUUGCGGUGGACUUCGGCAAGACGAACAUCUACCCCUCCAUCGAAGCAGGACUUUCGGGCCUGGAGAUCGGCGUGCUCGUCAAUAAUGUUGGCGUGUCCUAUCCAUACCCGGAGUACUACCUCCAUAUUCCCGAUUUAGACAAUUUUAUCACCAACAUGAUCAACGUCAACAUGACUUCGGUGUGCCAGAUGACCCGCCUUGUUCUGCCCAGAAUGGCUGAAAGAUCCAAAGGCGUCAUCCUCAACAUCUCCUCGGCCAGCGGCAUGUACCCUGUCCCUCUGCUCACCAUCUACUCUGCCACAAAGGCCUUUGUGGAUUUUUUCUCCCGUGGCCUUCAGGAGGAGUACAGGCGUCAGGGCAUCGUCAUCCAGAGCGUGCUGCCCUUCUUCGUGGCCACCAAGAUGACCCGCAUCAGGAAGCCCACCCUGGACAAGCCCACGCCCGAGCGCUACGUGGCCGCCGAGCUCAACACGGUGGGCCUCCAGAGUCAGACCAACGGCUACUUCCCCCACGCCGUCAUGGGCUGGGUGACCACCAAGCUGGUGCCCAUCGGGAUCGUCAUCUUCCUGGGAGCACGCAUGAACCGCCUCCAGCGCACAGGAUACCUGCACAGGAGGAAGCUGCGCGAGCAGAAAAACGGAACCGGCUUGAAGACGGACUGAGACCACCAAUGCGGGACGUGACUGGAACGCGGUGCGCGCACGCAAACACUCCUUUUGACGGGUGGGGUCCAAUGAAAGAACGUGUGUGUGUGUGUGUGUGUGUGUGUGUGUGUGUGUGUGUUCGUUCCUGAUGAUCCGCCACAAAGGAAUCUGUUACUUGAGAUUAGAUGCUAUGGCCUUGGGGGGGCCGGGGAGGGGGGGAAAAAGCAAGAAAAAAUAAUAUUCAAAGAUUAAACUGGUUUGUUAAACCCUGCUGUUGUAAGCAGUGGACAUUGGUGGUGGGCUUUUAUACAGUAUAUAUAUGUAAAAUUAUUUAUUUUAUAUUUGUACAAAACCACACACACAACAACCUGAUGCUUUAAGACCGGGUUUCAGCCAUCUCCUUUUUCUUACGACAAUCCAAAGAUGCUGCUUGUUUCGGUGCAAACGGUGAAGUGUUGACACUUUGAUGUAUUACACGACAACUCCUUGUGGUGGGUUGAAGUUGCCAAAAAGGAGGAAAAAAAAAAAAAAAAAAGAUGCCUCACUGUUUUGUACUUGCGUUUUGUUCGGGUGGACGGACUCCACAGAAGUGCCUUGAUGUGGUCAUUGAUGCUGGAAUUGCAUGAGAGCAACUACAUUUUGCCUUUCGACACACACGUGUCCCAUUCUGACGUGCGACAGUAAUAUUUCACCAUAAACCGUUCACAAUGACCGCCUCACGUAUUUUCAGCAGGGAUUGUGCGAGUUUGGCUUAUGGAAUGUUCCGACGAGUGCCUCCUGAGUGUAAGCAAUAUUUUUAAGAUGCUUGAUUUUUUUUCCACUUUAUAUGUGAUAUUAUGCACUGUGUAUUUCCGAUUGUAGCUUGUUUUUCCUACCGUUUGUUAAUAAAAGUAUACAUUUAAUA